AUGGCUUCGUCAAGCGUGCCGGCGAAUCCGACGCCGCAGACAGUGAUCCAGCUCGUGCAGAAGCUAGGAGACGCAGACCCGGAUUUCCGCUUCAUGUCGCUCAACGAUCUGCUCCAGGUCCUAGCGAACGGCAAGCCCGACUUUUUGCACCACGACUAUAACGUCGCCGCACGUACUGUUGAUAGCAUCAUCAAGGCGCUCGACGACCAGAAUGGAGAGGUGCAGAACCUGGCGAUCAAAUGUCUCGGACCGCUAGUUAUGAAAGUACCGACCCCGAUUAUCGCACCGAUGAUUGAGAAACUCUCUGCAAUCAAGCUUAAGAACUCGGUUGACAAUGCUGUUCCCUCGCUCGCCCUCCGCGCCGUCAUCAUGGCCCUCCCGAAACCCACACCUGGCUUGCCGCCCGCCAAGGACGUGACAGAAUCAUACCAAGCCGUCAGCCGCGUUCUGAUCCCGCGACUUCUGGGACCCGGUGGCAAGGUGCAGCCGCAGAACCCCUCGAACAACAUUCAGUUGCCGCCCGUCCCGCAGGGUCUCCUUAAGGUGGACAAAGACCUUAGCGCAGAGUCGGUGGACAUUCUUAUCGAGGUUGUCAGAUGCUUUGGCGUGAUGCUCUCGCCCCUCGAGGUCGAGGCGAUGCAAGAUGCGGUUAUUAGUCUGCUCGAGAACGACAAGACAUCAUCAGUCGUGAAGAAGAGAGCUGUCGUGGCUACUUCGAUACUUGCUAUUCACCUGUCGGACGAGUUGCUCAGCCAGAUGGUCGACCGAAUGGGCAACGACCUGGACAAGGCCGAUAUCUCUGCAGUCACACGCCGUCUCUAUAUUUCAAUCACUGGCUCAUUGGCAAGAUCCAUUCCCAAUCGUUUCGGCUCAUACCUGAAGACUCUGGUGCCCUUCAUUCUCCAAGCUCUGAGCGAGGGUGAGCUUGAGAAGCAUCUGGAGGAGAUCAGCGACGGAGAUGACAUUGGCCAGGAGUUCAACGAGGUGCGGGAAUCCGCUCUCGUUGCCCUGGAGUCAUUCCUCGCCGCUUGCCCGACGCAGAUGCGCCCAUUUACCGACCAAACCAUCCAGGCGACCCUCAGAUAUCUCAAGUACGACCCCAACUACGCAAUGGGCGACGAUGACGAAGAUAUGGACGUUGACGACGAGGAUGAGGAUGAGGAUGAUGACGAAUUUGAAGACGAUGCUGGCUUUGAUGAUGAUGACGCAAGCUGGAAGGUUCGUCGUUGUGCCGCCAAGGCUCUCUACACCCUCAUCUCAACCCGUGGAAGUGGUGAUUUGUUAGAGAACGGUGUUCUAUACAGCCAGGCUGGACCCACUUUGGUAAAGAGGUUCGACGAGAGAGAGGAGAACGUCCGUCUAGAAGUUAUUGCUUGUCUGUCUCUUCUUGUGCGCAAGACGGGCGAGGGCAUGUAUCCCACUGAUCUCUCACUCGACGAUCAAGAGCCCGAGGCGCCUAGCUCCAUCCCCAUCAGCAGAAAACGCAGACGUCAGAGCAGCGGCGGCGGUUCUAUGAGCACCCCUCAUGCCGCCACAGGUCUUACAUCCCCCACCCUCGAGAGAAUCCCUUCAACUGGACCCCGCGCAGAUUUGGCUCGCUUCACCCCGACGAUUGUGAAGGCUUCCACCAAGUUGCUCAAGGGCAAGGUUAUUCCUACCAAGCAGGCCAUCAUCAACCUCCUCGACGAUAUCAUCACGGUCCAGCGGGGUGGUCUUUCCGACUAUUUCAACGACGCCAUCGGCCCCAUCAUUGAGUCUAUUAAACCCACGGGAGCCUCAGCACUCGCCUCAUCUCUGGCUGCCUCUGGUGGAAAUGCGUCCGCGACACCCAGCACUCUGCGUGUUGCCGCCCUGAAACUUACCAGCGAUAUUGCCAAGACCCAUUCGUCAAGUCUCUUGCAGCCGUACCUGACCAAGAUAGUGGCUGGUGUCAUUUCGGCAGCCAACGAUCGAUUCUACAAGAUCUCAAGUGAAGCCAUCGGAACGAUUGAGGAGUUGGUAAAGGCAAUCACUCCCCCUCGGUCCAAGAUGACGGCACAGAAGUUCAAGGGCGAGCUUCAGAAGCUCUUCGACACGAUCAUGAACAGAAUUACUGCGACUGACGCCGAUGCUGAAGUCAAGCAGCGUGGUAUCCACGCCUUGGGCGUCUUGCUGUCUAGAACCUCCGGUGCCGACGGCAAUGGUCUGACCCCAGCCGACAAGCGACAGGCUGCCUUGACUGCACUUCUUGACCGCCUCAAGAACGAGACGACUCGCCUGGCUGCCGUCAGAGCCGUCGAUAACGUCGCAGCUUUCAGCACUAGCAGUGGCCAGCUCGAGACGUCGUGGAUUCGGGAGGUCGCCCUGGAGCUUGCGGGACAACUCCGCAAGGCCAACCGGGCUCUUCGCGGUUCUAGCGUGCUCGCACUCAAGCAUUUGGUUAUGUCGCCGACCGCCAGAGGUCAAUUGGAUGCAGACACUAUUCAGGGCCUGGUUUCGUCGUUGGUGCCCGUUAUUAGUAACAACGACACUCAUCUGUUGGCACCUGCCCUGCUCAUUCUCGCGACCCUCGUCGAGGAAAACGCCGACCUCGUGGUCACCCAGUCAAUGACUGCGACUAUCUGCAGUCUGCUCAAGUCAAGCUAUGCCAGCAUCGUCCUAGACCAAAUUCUUAUUCUUGUCACCAAAGUUGGCGAGAGCGGCGCUGGCCAGCCUCUCAUGCAAGGGCUUCUCAAUGACGUUAGUAUCGAAGGAGACCCCGUUGUCGUGGGCAAGGUCAUUGGUGCACUUCUUGUGGCCAGUGGAAGCUCGGCUGGCGUCACAGUCGAGAGCUUCAUUUCCGAGUUGCAAACCAGCUCCAGAAACAAGGACGACGCUCGCUUGAGCUUGGCGCUUGCGGUGCUCGGCGAGGCUGGUCUCCGUCUUGGAGCCAACUCGCCAUUGAAGGCGGAACUAUUCUUGCAACAGUUCCACGAAGAGCCCGACAAGGUCUCUAUCUCUGCUGCAGUGGCCCUUGGCCGUGCUGGCUCUGGCAAUGUUUCCGAAUACCUCCCAGUCAUUCUGGCAACCAUGCAGAAGGGUGGCAACACGCAAUACUUGCUUAUCCAGUCGAUAAAGGAGAUCCUGCAGCAAGUCAACGUUCUCUCUGCCGAAGUCUCCAAGUUCGCGGCCGAUAUCUGGCAGCACCUCCUUUCCGCCUCUACUAUUCCCGAUAACCGAGUGGUGUGCGCGGAAUGUGUGGGACGACUGACUAUUAUCGACUCUCAGACCUUCAUGCCUCAGCUUCAGUCCCUUCUCAGAAAUGAGAACCCCGACAUUCGGGGCAUGUCUGUUCAGGCUGUUCGAUACACGCUUCCUGAUAGUGACGAGGCUUUCGACGCCAUGCUCAAGAAUGUCCUUGUCGAUAUGCUGCUUGUCAUGCUGCAGGAUUCGGAGAUGGACAACCGCCGCUUGGCGAUGUCGACACUCAACUCGGCUGCACACAACAAGCCCGAUCUUAUCCUGCCUCACCUCGGCGAGCUAAUGCCGUUUGUGUUGACCGAGUCGGUGAUCAAGCCACAAUUGAUCAGAGAGGUCAUGAUGGGCCCUUUCAAACAUAUGGUGGAUGAUGGCCUUGAAGUCCGAAAGAGCGCUUAUGAGACCCUGUACGCUCUCAUGGAGACGGCCUUCUCGCGAAUCAACAACAUUGACUUCUACGACCGCGUGGUCGCUGGUCUGAAAGAUGACAACGACAUUCGCAGUCUCUGCAACUUAAUGGUCUCCAAGCUUAUCGCGCUUGAUCCUGAUGAGACUAGCCGUCGCCUUGACUCCAUCGCCGAGGCAUACCGCGCCAUCUUGUCAACCAAGCUUAAGGACGGAGCCGUCAAGCCGGAUGUGGAGAAGCAGGAGGAGGCGAACAAGAGCGUUCUUAGGGUCACGCUCUUGCUCGGAGACAAGCUCAAGGGUGCAAAGGAUGGCUCUGGCAAGGGGGCAGCCAACGCGAGUGCUGGAGGUGCCAGCCAGGCGUGGAAUGCUUACUGGGAGUGGGUUAACAAGGAGUUCCAAGCGCAGCUUAGAAGCCUGCGUGAGGAAACCAAGAACCUUAGCAUUCUGUAG